AUGACACUUCAGAUACAGUCACAGGACAUACCCAUUGCUAAUAGCAGCCAGAGAAUGGCUCUUAGUGCUGAUAAGGACAAGAAUUGGAGAGUUAGUUACUUGCGUGCACUGAACAUUGUCACGCCGGACUUGUCACGGAGACGUCGUGUCUCGAGUGGAGAAGGCACUCGACGUACUGCAAGUCAACAGACGAGUAAUGGACGUGGUGAGACGAUGACAAGUCGAAGACGCACAGCUACAGUGACGGAUGAGACAAUGCGUCGACCUUUAAGUGGUAACAGUAGAAGAGGACGGUCGGAUAUUUCUACAUCGACGUCGAGUUCGGUCAGGCAGAGCAGUAGCAGGUCCGGUUCGUCGUCUAGGAGUAAGCGAGGAGCGUCGCCUUCCGAUGGUAGAAUGUCGACGUAUGUGUUUGGACUGCGCUCGCAUCUCUUUCGACCACGGAGACUUGCACCUAGGAGUGACGUCGAAUUAGUGGCCCAUGUGUCGGCGCCGAUCGAGAUCCCGACAGGUGUUACGGGAACGUCUCCAACGGCAAUCCCGUCACGAGCUGAGAAGUUGUUGGAGAGAGACUUGGAAUCCUGUCGGCGGCGAAGCAGUACCAACGCUAAGAACUGGACGGGUUCCAUGGUGCAGUUGCUAUCGUGGGAAGAACCGUCUAUGAUUCUAAAAAAUGGCGGCAGGCCGCUAGAAAUCGAGAAGCGAAACAGCAGCUGCACCGGUAAUGACACGAAGACGGGAUGUGGCCUUCCACAAAAUGGUAGUAGGUCGAGAUGGUCGACAUGUUCGAACGGAAUUGUUGAAGUGUGCGAGGACACUGAAAAUGAAGACGUGGACGAAAUGACGAAUUCAGAAGACGACGAUGAUGACAUAUUUAAGAUGGAGUUCGACGGCGACCCCAAUGGUAGGAAUAACUUAUUCAAGAACAAGCAACCAAGCAAGCAUAGGCGGCGUGCGGACCUGAAGCAGCGUCGACGCGGUGGUUUUGACGAGCUCGACAACGGUGUAGAGGACAACGUUGUGACCCCGCUCUCCGUUUCUUUCGUGCCACCGCACCAAAUGGUGGAGCAUGGGUGCUUUUCGCUAGGGCUGCGCGACAAGCUCAAGCGAAAGCCUGGUGUGGUUUAA